CGAGGGCUCGACCUCUCGCCCGUCCCACGUGCUUCCUCCUCCAUUCCCCACAGCAACACCCUUCCGCGAAGUCCCACACAAGCCAAAGUGAAACGAUGAAGUUGUCGGAGAUGCUUCUUCCUCAUCAGGGGUUCGAAAUCACAGUUCGACGCUUCGGAUUCUAAGAAGAAUACAAUCCAGUCGUUGACCUCCUCUCGUAGCGUCAGUUGUUUGCAUGCGUGCAUGGAGACUCCCAAGUGAGCACAAAAUGAACCGCCAGUGGCUUCCGCGUUGUGUGUAGGAAGACGAAGCCUUCACACGUCGGAACUAUUGAGAUAUCCAUACAACCCCAGUCGUGUUGUACUACUUGAGUCAAUGCUACAUUGAUUACUGGAACAUGCAGUGUUUUCAGAUCAGGCGUCGGAAUAAAGUAAUGCAUGAUUCCUGACCUUCUACCUAUAUAAAAGCACCACCCCUCCCCUCCUCCUCAACAUUAACGAGUCCAACAGGAAGCGGCAGUACUGUGCAGCGAAUGGGGAUCGGCAUGACGAGCUUGGUGAAGAAGAUGGUAGUCUGCGGUGGCGGCAGGAGCUUCCCGGGCGGGCUGCCGGAAGGCCGUAUCUGGGUGUGCGUGGGCACGGAGGGGGCGGCGGUGCAGAGGUUCGAGGUGGAGGCGAACUUCUUGAACCACCCGCUCUUCGAGGACCUGCUGCGGCUGUCGGUGCCGGAGUUCGGCUACGCAUACGAGGGGGCGCUGCGGGUCGCGUGCGGCAUCGACUUCUUUCUCUACUUGCUCCAGCGGCUGAGGAGCAGCGACCCCUCCGUCCACUACAUGGAGCUGCAGGACCUGAUGGCCAGCUUCUACGAGUCGGCGGGCGGUAGCGGACAACAUCGUCCGAGUUGCCACCACCACCGCCGCCGCCGCCGAUUCUAAUUUUCCUAUAACAAAACUAUUCUCUAAUUCUUUUUUUUUUCUUCUUCUAAAAAAAAAGAAGAAAUAUUUGCUCUCUCUGCUUGUAAUUAAAUAUUAUUAUUGUUUUACUUAUAUACAUACAUUCUUGAAAA